CGAAGCCAUUUUAUUAUCCCAGCAGCAGAGGAGCAGGUGCAUCAGUAAACACAGCAUCUGAACAUACCCACGUCCCCAGUCCUCAGUUUCCAGUGUUAGGCUGCAGGCACGAUGGGACAGUGUGGGAUUACGUCGUCGAAAACCGUCCUGGUGUUUCUCAACCUCAUAUUCUGGGCUGCAGCUGGAAUCUUAUGCUACAUCGGAGCCUAUGUGUUUAUCACAUACGACGACUAUGACCACUUCUUUGAAGACGUGUACACUUUGAUUCCCGCCAUCAUAAUAAUAGCCGUGGGGACUCUUCUCUUCAUCAUCGGCUUGAUUGGCUGCUGUGCAACAAUACGUGAAAGCUCCUGUGGUCUGGCAACUUUUGCUGCAAUUCUCCUGCUGGUGUUUGUAACAGAGUGUGUGGUGGUGGUGCUCGGCUACAUCUACAGGGCAAAGGUUGAAGACCAGGUGAAUCACUCCAUCCAGAAGGUUUACGAUGAGUACAACGGCACCAACUCCGACGCUCCCAGCCGCGCUAUUGACUAUGUGCAGAAGCAGCUUCACUGCUGCGGCAUUCACAACUACUCUGACUGGAGGAACACUCGCUGGUUUAAAGAAUCUAAGAACAACAGCGUCCCAGUCAGCUGCUGUCAGCCCAGCAUCAGCAACUGUACUGGUAUUCUCACUCGACCAUCAGAUCUCUACCAAGAGGGUUGUGAAGCUCUUGUCGUGAAGAAGUUGAAGGAGAUCAUGAUGUACGUCAUAUGGGCUGCAUUAACUUUUGCAUCUAUACAGAUGCUGGGGAUGCUCUGUGCCUGCGUGGUGCUGUGCAGGAGGAGUCACGACCCGGCGUAUGAGCUGCUGGUAACAACCAACAGCUACGCGUGAAGGUCGCGGCCAGUCAGAGAAGCACUCAAGAAAAUCAAAAAAGGAGCGUCACCGGACAUGUCCACAGUAGAUUUCAGCUGUAGUUAUAUAAGCUCAAGCACACCUUGCACAAUUCAUGAUAAAGUAGCGAACACUGUCGACGUGGUUUGGGUGGGCGGGGGCCUCAAGGCGAAAAAAACCCAGUUAUUUAUUGACAUACAUCGUAAGUUACUGUUACUUUAAAUGUACUUUUUUUCUCCUUACAAAUACUGAAACACUUACAAAAGCCAAAGUUGUGAAUGGCUAAUUUACAUUUGUGAUGUUGAUGUUGAAUUGUUUCUAUUCCUUUUAAUUAUGGCUUCGUGAAAUUUGGGCACUUCCCCAGUGAGGAUGAUGAGUGUGAGUUACGACUGGGAGCGCGGAAUGUAUUUCCUUAUGGACUAGUUUGCACUACGGCUGGAGCUCUGGAGAUAUUCCACAGUUAUUCAAAUGCGAGGUUUUGUGUUUAAAAGAACAUGUCGUGUAUUCCUAAUACCUUGGCCUGACCAGACUUUUGUGAACAUGUUAUACCGUAGAAAAAAAAUUAUUCAAUGUUUUUAUCUUUCUUUAGAUUUAUUAGUAUUUGUUUGUGGAGCACUUCUGCGUUUAAAGCCAUGUUUGGUAAAAACUACUUCUUGAUAUACUCAAAUAUCCGGGCUGUGAAUGAUGCACAUGAUUCUGUUUUGGUGUGGAUGUUCUCCGAAUCUAGCUUCACUAGUGAGACAUUCCUAAUAUUUACAUUGUGAAUCAACUUUUUUUAGUCUCCAGUGCUUUUAGUUAUUAUCAGUGUUACUUGAACAUUUGUGUACGUGUAGAUUCAGUUUGUCACAGCUAGACAAUUCCUUCUGUUUAGUUUAUUAGCUAUAAAGAAAAAUGACGUUGUUUUAUACAUUUUUGUGAACUUGUGCUCUGUUUUAAUAUUUUUGAGCUGUUUAAGUUUACCCCCAAAUGUUUAGCUAGUGCUGAAAAAAACAAAACGCAAACAAAAAUUGUGUAUCGAUGGGAGAAGAGGCAGGGGACAAAUAAAGUCAUACAUUUUAA